AUGCCUACUGGUCUUCGAUUACCAAUUACACCGAUUUAUCGUUCUACACGUGAUGAUCAAUAUUAUCAAGCAUGUAUGGGACUUCAAAAAACAAAUAGUUCAUCGGUGGUACCACUUCGUCAUGUAUCUGCAGAAGUAUGGAUUCAUUCAUAUGCAGCCGAUGUUACUUUAACUCAAAUAUAUAUCAACCAGGAAAGUAAUCCAAUCGAAGCAAUCUACGUAUUUCCCAUCGAGGAAAAUGCGGCUAUUUAUGAAUUUACAGCUACAAUUGACGAUCGUCUGAUAACGGCUGAAGUGAAAGAAAAACGAGAAGCCGAAGCUCAGUAUACACAUGCAAUUCAACAAGGUCAAACAGCUGUAUUACUACGACAAAGUGAACGAACAUUUGAUACCUUCAGAAUUAAUGUCGGAGCCCUGCCACCGGGUAAAGAAUGUAAAGUGAAGAUUCGGUAUGUCACAGAAUUGGAUUUGAUCGAUGGAUCUUCUAUUCGAUUUGUUGUUCCUACUACCAUUGCACCUCGAUAUGAUCCAAGAUUUGGUACUUCGCAAUGGAAUGAUGAAACACAAGCUCAGUAUGUUCAAAACUCACCGUAUUCAAUGUCGUUUCGAGCACAUGUCGAUCGAGGCGAAUACUGCCAAAUUAACGAAGUGGUUAAUAUGUCUCAUCCUCUCAAUGUCAGCGUAUCGCUUCAAACAAUCGAUGUCUCUUCAGAAGGCAUUGCACUCGAUCGUGAUAUUAUCCUAUAUAUUGAUUUGCCUCAGAGUCCAUGUCCAGUACGUGUUGCUGCAGAACAAUACGAUAAUGAUUCAAAACUUGCUAUUCUUACUGCACUAAGUCCUGGUCAAUCAAAUUUUGUCUCAAUACUUAAUGCACAAAAUCCAAUCACAGCAACAACUGAAUUUAUCUUCAUUGGUAUGUUUUUUUUUCAACAAGCUGAAGAUUUAGCACAUUCGAUGCUCGCAGAUUUGGGUGGCACAGAAUUACUAAGACCAUUACAAUAUUUGAAAGAUCGUCCACCGGCUAGUGGUCGAUCGCGACAAGUGUUUCUCUUGACCGAUGGUGAGAUUGCAAAUACAGAUGAGGUGAUUGAACUGUGCCGUUUAAUGUCAUCAACUACACGCAUUUUCUCAUUUGGUCUUGGCCAUUCACCUUCUCGUUCUUUAGUGAAAGGUCUUGCUCGUGCCACAAAUGGCCAUUUUAUUUUUAUUCCUCCUAGUUCCAGAGUCGAUACAUACGUAGGCACUCAAAUUCAACGAGCUCUUCAACCUUCAUUUGUUAAUUGUCGAUUGCAAUGGUUUGGCUUGUGGCCAAGUGGUUCUCAAGCGCCAAGAACUAUUCCUCCCGUAUAUUCAAAUGAACGUGUACUUGUCUAUACUCUAUUCGAUAAUUUCAUAUUCACUGAACAAUCUGCAAUGGUGAACUUUACAACUGACAAUGGUCGAAUUGGUAUGGGUUCAUUAAACCGUAUUGAAGUACGCAAAGGAAAUACGAUUCGUCGAUUGGCAGCUAAAGCUUUAAUGCAAGAAUUGCAACACAGAGGAAGUGAGGAACACGUUUAUGAUGGUAGGAUAGUCAAACAGCGUAUUAUCGAUCUUUCAUUGACUCAUCAAAUUUUGUCACCGUAUACGGCUUUUGUUGGUGUUGAAACAACACGUUCGAAGACAAGCACCCCUGCACCAGUUCGAUAUGUGCCUAUUCAAAUAUCGACAGAUGGCGAACAUCUUCCAUCUCAGAAUAGAUAUCCCACUACUCAAUCUCCACAAUUUAUUCCACCAAUGGAAGCACGAGUGCCACCGAUUGUUUCUCCGUCAAUCUAUGACUACCAAGAAAGGAUGCCCCAGGCACUAGUAUCUGGAUACACAGGAGCAAAAGGACGCCCAAGAGUGGCAGAAAAUAGAUCUAAUGAAGACAUUACUAGAUCAUACCAAGGUUUCAUGGAAGAAAUAAAUGCUAAUACGCCCGUGCUACAAUCUACAACACAAUCAAGCUCUGUUUCUACUAGUACAAUGUUUGAUUCGACAACUUAUGACAAUAAACCGUAA